AUGCACAUUCUUCGCCUAUCCUCCGCCUUGGCCCAGGCCGGGAGGGGUUCCUGGUCCCGCUCGAUCGGGUCCAGGACUCUGGUUAACCAGACACACCCUCAGGCCGACCUGCGACAGCUCCUCGCCGCCCGGCAUUAUUCUGAGGAUGGCGACGAAAAGGAGUCGGGCAUGGGACGCAUUUUUAAGUACUUCAAGAGCCAGGAGGCAGCGCCGCGCAAUGGCUCCCGGCGCACCCCAUCCGGAAGCGGCAACGGCGGCGGCAACGGCAGCGGCUCCCCCUCCGAGUCAGGCCAGGGCUCUGACGGCUCCGACGGCGCCUCCGCCCUGGUCCCCGCCUCGCCCGAGCAGCGCCACCGAGAGGUGAUGGCCGUGGCGCUGUCCCGCCGCCCCCUCUUCCCCGGCGGGAUCAUGCCCGUCAUCGUCAGCAACAACAAGCUGAUCAAGGAGCUGUUCCAGCUGCGCAAGCAGAACGCGCAGGCCUAUGUUGGCGCCUUCAUGCAGCGCGUCCCCGAUGCGCCCGGCACCGCCAUGGACGGCGUGGAGGACGGUUCCUUUGCCGUCGACCUCCUGGGGAGCGCAGCCCCGCCGCACACAAACGACGAUGCGGACGCCGACCCUGCCGCCGACCCGUCUGCCGCCCUGCACGAGGUGGGCACCUUCGCCCAGGUGCACGCCAUCAUCCCGCACGACCAGGGCGCGCAGCUGCUGCUGCUGGGCCACCGGCGGGUGCGGCGCACGGGGCUGGCGGGGCGCGACCCGCUGCGUGUGUCGGUGCAGCACCUGCGGGACGGGCGGUACGACCCCGAGCAGGACGAGCUGAAGGCCACGACCAUGGAGAUCAUCUCCACCAUCAAGGAGCUGCUGGCGCUGCACCCGCUGUACAACGAGCAGAUGCGCAACUUCAUCCAGUUCGGCGCCGACUUCCACGACCUCUCUCGGCUCAGCGACCUGGCCGCCAGCCUGACCACCGCCGACGCAGGGGCGCUGCAGGCCUGCCUAGAGGAGCUGGGCGUGGCGGAGCGCGCCGCCCAGGUCCUGCUGCUGGUCAAGAAGGAGGUGGAGCUGUGCCGCCUGCAGGCCGACAUCGGGCGGCGCGUGGAGGAGAAGAUCAGCAAGGACCAGCGCCGCUACUUCCUUAUGGAGCAGCUGAAGAGCAUCAAGAAGGAGCUGGGCCUGGAGAAGGACGAGAAGAGCGCCCUGGUGCAGAGGCGAGGGCUGCGUGGGGCUGUAGGGGAGUUCCGGGAGAGGCUGGAGCCGCUGGGGAGCGGUGUGCCUGAGGAUGUGCGGCGAGUGAUCGAGGAGGAGCUGGAGAAGCUGCAGGCCAUCGAACCCGCCUCCUCCGAGUUCAACGUCACGCGCAACUACCUGGACUGGCUCACCGCCCUGCCCUGGGGCAAGAUCUCCACCGAGCGCCUGGACAUCCCCGCCGCCCAGGAGGUCCUGGAUGAGGACCACUAUGGGCUCGAUGAUGUGAAGGAGCGGAUCCUGGAGUUCAUCGCCGUCGGCAAGCUGCGUGGCUCCACACAGGGCAAGAUCCUGUGCCUAGUGGGCCCGCCAGGCGUGGGCAAGACCUCUGUGGGGCGCAGCAUCGCCCGAGCCCUGGACCGUAAGUACUACCGCUUCUCCGUAGGCGGCCUGAGCGACGUGGCGGAGAUCAAGGGGCACAGGCGAACCUACGUCGGCGCCAUGCCCGGCAAGAUGGUGCAGUGCCUGAAGAACACGGGGAUCAGCAACCCCUUUGUCCUGAUCGACGAGAUCGACAAGCUGGGUCGCGGCUACCAGGGCGACCCCGCCUCGGCCCUGCUGGAGCUGCUUGACCCGGAGCAAAACUCCUCCUUCCUGGACCACUACCUGGACGUGCCCGUGGACUUGUCCAAGGUGCUCUUCAUGUGCACCGCCAACCUGCUGGACACCAUCCCCGGCCCGCUGCUGGACCGCAUGGAGGUCAUCCGCCUCAGCGGCUACAUCUUCGACGAGAAGGUGGCCAUCGCCCGGCGGUACCUGGAGGUCCAGGCCCGCAAGGAUGCGGGCGUGCCGCGUGGCGCCGUGCACAUCACCGACGCCGCCAUGACCGCCCUGGUCGAGGAGUACGCGAGGGAGGCCGGGGUGCGGAACCUGAAGAAGCAGCUGGAGAAGAUCUACCGCAAGGCCGCGUUCCGGCUGGUCAAGGAGGGCCUGGUGGACAUUCCUGUGGUGAAAGAUGCGCAGGAGUCUGAUGGGGAGGCGACGGAGGGCCCCGACACCCUGCCGCCCGGCACACCACCGACCGCCUCGAUCCAGGGGGAGGUGCCGCCGCCCGCGGAGAGCGUGGAGCGUGAGCGCGUGGAGGAGGAGGCUCUGCCCGCCUUCGACGCCCCCGCGGUCACCGUGGAUGCGGGCGACCUGGCGGCCCUGCUGGGCCCGCCCCCCUUCACCAGCGACAAGAUCUACGCCUCGGCAACCCCACCCGGCGUGGUCAUGGGCCUGGCCUGGACUGCCAUGGGCGGCAGCACGCUGUACAUCGAGGCCGCGGCGGUGGAGCGCGGCGAGGGCAAGGGCUCGCUGCGCACCACGGGCCAGCUGGGGGACGUGAUGAAGGAAAGCGCGGCCAUCGCGCACACCUACGCGCGGCGCGUGCUGCAGGCGCGCGGCGACGCCGCCUUCUUCGAGCAGUCGGCGCUGCACGUGCACGUCCCCGCCGGCGCCACGCCCAAGGACGGCCCCAGCGCGGGCUGCGCCAUCGCCACCGCGCUGCUGUCGCUGGCGCUGGCGCGACCCGUGAGGCCCGACCUGGCCAUGACGGGGGAGGUGACGCUGACGGGAAAGGUGCUGCCCAUCGGGGGGGUGAAGGAGAAGACACUGGCCGCCAAGCGGUCAGGGGUGCGGCACAUCCUGUUCCCGGAGGGCAACCGCCGAGACUGGGAGGAGCUGGCGGAGGACGUCAGGGCCGGGCUGGAGGUCCACUUUGUGGAGGAGUACCAGCAGGUCUUCGACCUGGCCCUGCCGGAGGAGGGCAGCGCAUGA